GGGUUCAUGUCAUUUGAGGAUGUUGCUGUGGACUUUACCUGGGAGGAGUGGCAGGACCUAGAAGAUGAUGCUCAGAAGAUACUAUACAAGGAUGUGAUGAUGGAGACCUACGGCAGCCUGGUGUUUUUAAGAGAGCCAUGGACAUUAGAAGAACUUCCCAACCAGAGCCUCCCAGGAGAGAAACUCUCUGACUGUAAACAAUGUAAGAAAACGUUUUCCCAGAAUUCAGACCUCACCAUACAUCAGAGGAGUCACAUAGGAGAGAAGCCCUAUGAAAAGAAACUAUGUGGAAAAAUGUUCUACAAGAAUUCACACUCUGUGCAUCAGAGAACUCACACUGGAGAGAAAUCCUAUGAAUGUGAAGAAUGUGGGAAAUCUUUCAGUUACAAAUCAGCUUUGAAUAAACAUUGGAAAGCUCACACAGGAGAGAAACCCUAUGAAUGUGAGCAAUGUAGGAAAAUGUUCUCCCAGAAGUCAUACCUCACUGUGCAUAAGAGAACUCACACAGGAGACAAACCCCAUGAAGGUGAACAGUGUAGGAAAACUUUCUCCUGGCAUUCACAACUCACUAUGCAUAGGAGAACUCAUACAGAAGAGAAACCAUAUGAAUGUGAACAGUGUGGGAAAGCAUUCUCUAGGAAAGAAAACCUCACUGUACAUAAGAGAACUCACACCCUAGAGAAACCCUAUGAAUGUGAGCAGUGUAGGAAAAUGUUCUCCCGGAAGUCACACCUCAUUGAGCAUUGGAGAACUCACACAAAAGAGAAGCCCUAUGAAUGUGAAUAUUGUAGAAAAAUGUUCUCCCGGAAGUCACACCUCACCGUGCAUAUGAGAACUCACAGGAGAGAAACCCUAUCAAUGUGAGCAAUAUAGGAAAAUGUUCUCCUAUAAGUCAGGUCUCACUGAGUACUGGGGAACUCACACAGGAGAAAAACCUAUGAAUGUGUACACUGUAAGAAAACAUUCUUCUGCAAGUCAAACGUCAUUUUGCAUAGGAGAAUACACACAGGAGAGAAACCACAUGAAUGUGAACAAUGUGGGA